AUGAGGCCUAAUUUAGUGUCCAUAGAAGACCAAAGGAAAUUCAGUAAGAAAUAGCUAGAAAAACUCCAGAAAAAAGCCCAAACGGACAUAAAAAAACUGGCAGACGGGUACCAAGAUCCAGAGCAGCGCAUUAAAGUGCUAGGAGAAAGGUUAUUAAAAGAAAUCCAAGAAGCUGGAAAGUGGGAAAUCGAAUUGUUGGCCUCAAGGGAAAACUUGGAGAUAGAAACUGAAGAAAAUGAGAGGAUUAAAAAUGAUUUGCAAAAAGAAAAACAGCUGAGAAAAAAACUUGAGAAUUUCUGCCAUGAAUUGCAAGCGCAAAAUAGGCAAAUUAUAGAUGAAAGCAGAAAAAUCGCAGAAGAAGAAAAACAGAAAAGAAUAUCCCUCAGUCAGAAUUUCCAAAUUUCCAUAACUGAGAUUUCGCAGAAAUUGGAACAAAAUAACCAAGAAAGAGUUCAAUUGCUCCAAUAUCAUGAGCUAUUAAGAGAAAAACUUAAAGAAUUGAUUGAACAUGUAGAAAAGCAAGAUGAAAAAUUCAAAGGGGAAUUAGAAACAAAAACCAAAAUGCUUGAGGAAUAUAAAUCACAAUUGGAAGCCCCGCCAACUGAGGAGGAAAAUGAAAUGAGAAAGCAAUUAGAAGAGUAUAAAGUGGCCUUAAUAAAAAUAUCUAAAGUAAAGUAACAGAAUAUUUUUAAAUUUUUUUAUUUUAAAAAUGCAUAUUUAAUAGGAAAAAAAAAUUUAUUAUCGCCCUUUGAGCGUUUUUCUAAUAGUCCAGUAUAAAGCUAGGUUUGAGGAAUUUCAGGAGAGCUUAGUUAAUAGCAAUGAACAGUUCGGAAACUUUAAAAAAGAUAUGGACGGUAAAGCAAAACAAUUAAGGCAAAUACAAAAAGACAGCCAAGAAGUGAAAAAAAGGUUGAUAGAGUCUGAGGAAACUUUCCAAAGCAUGCAAAGAGAAGUGCAAGAGCAUGAAAAGGCUAAGGCUGCUAUGUUGAAGGAUAUAACAAAGUUAGAAACUUUGAAAUCUACUCUGGAAAGCGGGGCAUAA